CCUUGUGUGUUGUUUCAAUGAACAAUCACAAUUCAGUCAACACUGAACAUCAUCAUCAUCAUUUUGAUCCUCAUUUCCCAUGAAGAGAGUGAAAGGAAAGCGACAGUUAUAAAGGUAUCGGUGAGUGAGAGAGAAAACUCUUGUUCAGAAUAGAAAAUAGAAUGAAAGAGAAUAGAAGACAAGAAGAGAAUUUCCUAACCUUUUUUUCUGUUCUAUUCUAAAUAUCUUAUUAUUUAUAUUUUCCUAUUCGACGAAAAACAAAACAAUAUCGAAGAAAAAUAUCAAAAAUGUUCUAACCAUCAAGUGAAUCGUUCAAAUUUGUGAGAAAUUACUAUCAACUUUUCCUCUUACAUAUUGACCAUUGGAAGAAUGACCAUCAGUGAAUUACCAGGAACAUCGUUAAAUUUAUCUACAAUUAAAUCAUCACAAUUAGAAUCAUCGAUCGUUCAAUUUGUUAAUAGUGAAAAAUUAUUCUGUCAAAAUCAAUGUUACCCAAAAUUGGAAUCAACAAAAACGAUAACAUCCAAAUGGAGAUCAGUUGAAAAAUCAUCACCAAUUGUUAACCCUACAAAUAAAUCAAUUAAUUUUCAUCAAUUAAGUUGAUCUGAUGAUCAAAAUUUACCCAUCAAAUUAAAUGAAUCAAUUGAUUAAAUAUUUUCAAUCAUCUUAAAUCUCAUUUUGAUUAAGGUAAAAACCUCGUGUCAAUUGAAAUCAUCAAUACCCAAUUUUCCUGUGUCUUUAUAUUUUGUUAAUUGUUAUUAUCUAAUCACCACAAUUGGAUUCAUAUCUUAUCUGAGUGUUACCUCAACAAUCAAAUUGUAAUCAAAGCAGCCCGAAUAGGAAGAGAAGUAUAAAAAACAAAGAGAAAGGAAUCAAACCAUUUGUUUUAUUUUAUUCCUAAAUAAAUAACAAUUUUACAUCAAUCAAUUGGAAACAAACAAAAGGAUCAACCUCAUCAUCUUCAUCAUCUUCAUCUUCAUUAUCAUCUUUACCAUAGUGUUGGCAAGGUUAAUAGAGUGUCGUUAAUUGACCUGCCAUUAUCAUUGGAAUUAUCAUCUUCUCAUCAACUGAAUCAUUCAUUUACUUUAUUAUAAGAGUAGAUUCAAAGAUCAUCAACAUUUAUCAUCUUCUAUUAUUUUUUUUUUCUCGCAAUUUUCCAAGCAAUUAAAUCAUCUCUACAAGAGGGAGAAAGAGAGAGAGAGAUAGAUAGACAUACUAAUAUACUCACACAAUUUACCUGUAAUUGUGUAAUAAGUGAAGGUGUUUGUUUAUCUGUGGUUUUAUCAUGUUAGAACCUUCAUCUUCUGAGGAUGAAAAUGAUGAAUUGGGACAUGAAGAUUCGGAUAACAUAUCGACCUCAACCAGAGAUGGUUCUUAUCGGGGAAGCUCAAGUCUUGGUGGUUCCAUUGGAUCAUCAACCCUUUAUCCUGGUGGAGGAGGAAGUGGACCUCGUUCAGUUUCACCAGCGAUCGGGAUGAUAAUAUCUGAUUCGGGUAAUUCAACCCUUCGUUCAGUUUCAAAUGAUCGUCUAAAUGUUACCGGAUCUCGAGGUUCAGGAUCGUUAUUAACUCGAUCUGUUUCACCUUCACCUUCACCUUCAUCAACUCUUUCCACUGGAACCACUUUAUCAGCUUCAUGUGGCCAAGGAACAACCGGAUCAUCUGGUUUAGGACCUUCGAUGACUGGUGCAGGUUCAUGUUCUGGUUCAAUGUCAGGUCACAAUACUCGUGAUAGUGGAAAUAUCACCAGUAGUAUGGGUGCAAGUGGAAGUGGUGGAAAUAGUGGUACCGGUGAUUCAAGUUCUUUAGCCGGUGGAGGUGGUGGACGUUUAGAUGAAUCGGAAAGAGCGGAAAAGGAAGAACAAGAAAGAAAAGUUCGACUUCAAUUGUAUGUUUUUGUAAUUCGCUGUAUAUCUUAUCCGUUUAACGCUAAACAACCAACCGAUAUGUCAAGACGCCAUUUAAAGGUGAACAAAUCUCAACUUGAACAGAUAAUUAAUCGUUUUGCAAGUUUCCUAAAGGGAGACACAACACUUCCCUGUGAUGAUGCCUUCGUCCAAGCGGUACAAGGCUACUAUGAACGGUUUCUCCGUUCUGAUCGAGCUUUACUCAUGGUCACCUCUGGAGCUUCAAGUCUUCACGAUUUUCGUUCCAUAUUUAAAUCUUCAAUAGAGAAACGUGUUAAAAGCCUACCCGAGAUCGAUGGACUGUCAAAAGAGACAGUUCUAAACUCGUGGAUGUCCAAAUUUGAGGUACUUAUCAGAGGUGAUGAGGAGACCAAAAAACCGACUCCAAGUCGUUCCCAAGUCGCUGCUCAACAACAAGGCCUCGCAUCUGAACUUAUCCUAACCAAGGAGCAAUUAUAUGAUAUGUUUCAACAUGUUCUGAAUAUUAAAAAAUUUGAACAUCAAUUACUUUACAAUGCACUUCAGCUUGAUUCUGGCGAUGAACAAGCUGCUGCCAUUCGUAGGGAACUUGAUGGAAGAAUCCAACGAAUUAAUGAAAUGGAAAAGAAUCGCAAAUUGAUGCCAAAAUUUGUGCUCAAGGAAAUGGAUCAUCUUUACAUUGAUGAAUUAAGAUCAUCGAUUAACCAAUUAAUGGUUAAUCUUGAAAGCCUUCCGGUAUCAAAGGGUGGGGCUGAUAGUAAAUAUGGAUUACAAAAGCUCAAGAAAUAUAAUCACAGCAUGAAAACAACACCAACAACAACGCCAACAAUUACCAAACAAUCAAGUACAAUUUGUUGUCGAUUUAAUUAUCAAUCGUUAAUUAUGAGUCUCCGUUCACCUCUUUGGACACUUUUUUAUGAAACUUUAUUAUUUACAAUUAAACGCAUAAGUCAAGCUUCAUUAGCUCGUGAUGGAUUAGUCGAGGAUACGGAAACAACUUUAUCUAAAACUGAUGUUGUCCUACAAUUUACAAUCGAAGUGGUUGUCAUGGAGAUUCGAGGUUUGAAAUCAUUGACACCCACUCGAAUUGUUUACUGUACAAUGGAGGUCGAAGGAAGUGAAAAACUGCAAACUGACCAUGCGGAAGCUCAAAAGCCUUUGUGGGACACUCAGGGUGAUUUUACAACUUCUCAUCCCUUACCUGUGGUCAAGGUCAAAUUGUACGCUGAACGUCCUGGGAUAUUGAGUUUAGAUGAUCAAGAGCUGGGAAAGGUCACCAUUAAGCCGACUCCGUUAAGUACUAAAGCUCCCGAAUGGUACAAAAUGACGGUUCCCAAAAAUGCCGCUGAUCAAGACUUAAAGAUUAAAAUUAUCGUUCGUAUGGAUAAACCUCAAAAUUUGAAACAUUGCGGUUUCCUUUUAGGUCAAGGUAAAGGAGUUUGGAAAAAGUGGAAAAAGCGCUAUUAUGUUCUGGUCCAAGUGUCCCAAUACACCUUUGCCAUGUGCUCUUAUCGUGAGAAAAAGUCUGACCCCUCUGAGUUACUUCAACUGGACGGAUUUACCGUUGAUUAUAUUGAACCGAUGCCUGAACUUGAAGGGGGUAAAUUUUUUUUCAAUGCAGUAAAAGAAGGUGAUUCCGUUAUAUUUGCUUGUGACGAUGAAAAUGAGUGUCACCUUUGGGUUAUGGCUCUUUAUCGGGCCACUGGUCAAGCCCAUAAACCCACACCACUUGUCCAGACAACCAAAAACUCAACCAUCUCAAGAAUCCAAGGUGACGCUGAUCGUGCCCGUAAACACGGAAUGGAUGAAUUUAUCUCAGCUGAUCCAUGUAAAUUUUCACACUCAGAGUUUUUCCGUCUACUACAAAGUGACACUUUAAGGUUUCGUCUUACUGAUCCAUACUGUUCCCUUGGUUGGUUCAGUCCGGGUCAAAUUUUUGUCCUCGAUGAAUAUUGUGCCCGUUAUGGGGUUAGAAGUUGUUUCCGUCAUCUAUGUUACCUUAGUGACCUUCUUGAUGCAGCGGAACGUGGACUUGCCAUUGACCCGACCCUUGUACAUUAUUCAUUUUCUUUCUGUUCCUCUCAUGUUCAUGGUAAUUCAACCUCUGCACCGCCCAUUGGUCAAGUGGCAUUUGACAUUCGACCCGAUGGAAUAGGUACCGUAACCAAUGAGGAGAAAGACAUGUAUGCAGUAAUCAAAGAGCGAUUAGGAGCACUAAUGGAAUAUCAGAUCACAAAUUUUCGUUACUGUUAUCCCUUCGGACGACCUGAAGGUGCCCUGAAGGCGACACUUUCCCUUCUUGAAAGAGUUCUAAUGAAAGAUACUCGAACUCCUGCUCCACCCGAUGAGGUUCGAUCGGUAAUUAAAAAGUGCCUUGAAACAGCGGCUCUUGUUAACUACACAAAAAUAUCUGAACAAGCUCGAAUCGAAGAUGUCGUUAAUGAUCCCAGUUUAAGUCCAACGGGCAAAUUAAAGGAAUUGGUUCAACUCGCUGAACUUUGCGUCGAUUUAAUUAAAGAAAACAACGAAUAUUAUGCCGAGGCUUUCGCAUGGUUUUCAGAUCUUCUCGUUGAACAUUGUGAAAUUUUCUGGUCUCUUUUUGCGGUUGAUAUGAACACUAUUCUGGAUGAACAAUUACCUGAUACAUGGGAAAGUUUUCCUCUAUUCCAAGUGCUCAACAAUUAUCUUCGAGUUGAUGAAAAUCUUUGUGGAGGUCGAUUCCAUUCACAUCUUCGUGAUACCUUCGCACCUCAGGUCGUUCGUUACGUUGACCUUAUGGAGUCUUCCAUAGCUCAGAGUCUUCAUAAAGGAUUCGAGAAGGAAAAAUGGGACUUUAAAGGGACGGUGGGUUGUUCAACCUCAGAGGAAUUAUUUUGGAAACUAUCUGCUCUUCAAGAUUUCAUCCAUGACCUUUUCUGGCCUGAUGAAGUUUUCGCAAACCAUUUGGAACAACGGCUCAAAUUAAUGGCCUGUGAUAUGUUAGAAUCGUGUUUAAAUCGUACCUUGGCUGCCUUUCAAAAUUGGGAAAAAAAGGGAACCCGAUUUGGUAAUCCAACGGAUUAUAUUAUUCCAUCCGAAAUGUGUACAAUGAUUAACGUGGUUUUAGAGACAAAAAAUCAAUCACUUAAAUUGUGUACCUUUGAAAAUGGUGAUGUGCAUCAAUAUCACAGUAAAAUUGACCAAUUAGUGGACAAAGCAUUAAUUGAAAUGCAAACAGGAAUAAUUGCCAAGUUAACUGGAAUUCUGGAAGCAACUCUGAGUAAAUUAUCUCGAUACGAUGAAGGAACUUUUUUUGCUCCAAUUUUAACCAUAACAUAUAAACAAGGAGUCUCGAGUAGUGGUAAAGAGAUUGGUAAAUCCUAUGUUAAUUUUGUUCGUGUUAAUCUUGAGCAAUUACGUCAAAAAGUUGCUGAUGAAUUAUGGGUUCUUCAUGUUCUCGAGCAAUGGUACACCAAUCAAAUGAAUAUGAUUUGCUCUUGGCUUUCUGAGCGGAUUGAUCAUGGAUUACAUUCAGUUCAACUAUCAGCAUUGUCCAAUAUCGUCAAGAGGAUUUAUUCCGAUUUUGAACUUCAAGGAUUCGAGGAGGAUAAGGUUAACUCGAAAAAUUAUCAAACUGUUAUCGCUCGUAUCCAAAUGGAGGAAGCAGCGGCUUCGGUUAAUAAUGAAAGUCUUCGAGAAGAUGAUGAAAAUGAUAUGGCAAAUGGUAGUCAACCAACAGCAACUCGUAGGGUAUCAACAAUGUCCCGUGGUGACUCCGAUCCUGAUGGUUCAUAUGUUAGUCGUAUUCAGAAUGCUACACAAAAUGUCAUGGGUAAAAUUGGAGGUAUCUCAAGAUUAACUGGUAAUCUUGGUGGUAACAUUGCAACUAAAUUUGGUGGUGGAUUCAUGAAAUUUUGAGAUUAAAUUCAAUUCCAUAUAUAUUGAAAAUAUCAUAAUUCCACAGAUUAUAAUCUUUAUAAAUAUAUUUUCCCUUCUAUUAAGGUUAUUUCAAAUUCAAUUGUUACUGUUACGAUUUUCGUUGAAUCCAGAAACAAAAAGUACAACCGAUUUACCUGUGUUUUUGUCUAAGUGUUUACCUGUCAACAGAAGCGAAAGAGAUAAAGAAAGAGUUAAAUGAUACUUAAACUGCCUUGGAACAUAUUUUAUCAUCAUUACAAUAUCAUCAUCAUCAUCAUCAUCAAUUACAACAACAACAACAACAACAUAAUCCCAGAGUAACAAAUAUCCAACCAGAUAAACAUCAUCAUCGAUUAUCAUGUAAUUACAUUUACAUGUCUAUUUAUUUAGUCUAUUAAAUGUUUCUAUUUGAAUGUAAGGAGAAACUUAAUUAUCAUGGUUACCUGUUAAUUAACGUAAAAUCCACGAGCCUGAACAAUGGACAGAAAAGUUCAUUUUGAUAUAAAUACUAUUACCAUCGUCCCAGUUGAUUGAAAAAUAUUAAUAUAUACUAAAUCUCGAUAUAUAUUAGCAUUUGAUUCAACCAAUGCUACUUAAUAUGAUCUCUCUCUCUCUCUCUCUCUCUCUCUCUGCUUUUCCCCUCUGGGUAAACAAAAGAUUAUCAUUAUCCUGAUAAACAUAUAAAUCCUGAUCUCAUAUUGAAGUUGAAACAAAAGAAGCGUGAAAAUAUCAUCAUCACAUUGAUCUUUAUCCUCAUCCUUUUGUCAUCUUUAGUUAUAUAUCUUUUUUUUGUUCUUAUUCACUUUUUCAAUUCUGGUUUAUUUUUACUCGAACCUUGUGUAAAACUCAUCUGAGAUCAAAGAAUUGAACAUGAUCUAUAAAUUAUUCAUCAACUAAUACAAUUUCCACAUGAUGUCUCCUUGGUACAUGGGGGAAAAAAAGAGGAAUACAAAUCUAUUAUUAUUAUUAUUCCUGGAGAAAAGUUAUCAUCAUCUUUAUCAUCAUCAAACUCAUCAUUUCCAUCAACUCUGUAUUUGUACAAAGAUCAGCAAAGAAACUUAAAAAUACUGAACAGAAGCAAAAAACUUUUUUCCAAUGUCAAGAAUCAAUUGACAAACUAAUUGGAUGUUUUAUUAAUCGUUGAUAAUUUUAAUGAAUUAAAUUAAAUUUCUGAGCAAUUAUUCAGGUCUAUUAUCAUUAUCUCCCUUGAUUAUUUACUACUACUAAUUGAUUAUUUCUCUAAUUCAAUCAGCUUAACUGUUCAUCAAUAAAUCAAUGGAAUUUAAUUCAAUUCAAAUUAUUACUAUUUGAUUAACCUUUUAGGUUGAUCAAAGUUUAUUAAUAGAUCAAUGAAAAAAUCAAUGACUUUUUUGAUACAAUAUCGAUCACCUCGAACUUGUCCAACGAGCUUAAUUAUUAACGUGAAAUUUAGUUCUAAUUAUUUUAUUUACUGACAGUCUUUAACAUCUGAUUAAUAAAUUAGUCGAUACAAUUAACAUUUUAAGCUUUUCCAAUUGAAGAAACAUUAUCGAAUUGAACUGAUAACAUUUUUCAAGAAAAUUCUGUAAAAAUUGAUCAGAUUAUUUUGAUUUAGUGACUGGUUGACGAUGACUACGAUUCGAGUUCUAAUGCCUAAUUCAACGGGACUAGUUUACGUUACAGGGCCGACAACUUUGACCGGCAUCGGUGCUCCGUACACAAAGUUCAGAGUAUUAUCCAUACUCGACAAUUUGAACAUUACAUUUGUCCCCACGAUCCAUACGACUGAAUGUACAGACGAUGGACUAUGUUCUGGAGACCUACACGAUUUACAAACGGGUAAAGGUGAUUACGCUAGGCCACGACCUUUGAAUGUAUUAAACAACAUUGGUACCAAUUUGACCACAGUCGCAGUGGCCUGGGAGUAUGAGUGUUUUCUUGCUUAUAAGAAAAUAUUGAAACUGAAUGUAGAUUAUUCAACUUUUUCGAUUUCAUCUACUCUUUUGAUUGGUACUUUUGGAUAAUAUUUUUUACUCUGUUUGGCCUGAUUUCGAUUAUUUUAUGUUCCAUAAUCAAGUUAAAUUCACCGUCGAUUAAAUUAACUAGCAUUUUGUGGAGCCAAUUUGAAUCGAUUGUCGGUCAAAAUUACAAUACAAUAUCAGACUUGACCAAGAGAUCAUUUCUCAUCUGGUUCAUGUUUUCAAUUCUAAUCAUUGGGAUCAUAUUAUCGUGCUCAUUACAAACUGGCCUAAUAUCAAAUGUCGAUUAUAUUAAAUUAGAUACACUUUCAGACGUUAUCAGAUAUAAUUACAAACCGAUAAUAUCAACUGUCACUAGUUGUAUACCAAUGCUAAGAAAUAAUCUCUCUCCGAUUGCUCAACAAAUCUCGUCACAGACUGAGGUCAUUAAGUACAAAUCGGCUACUCAUUUCUAUCAAUUCUGCAAGCAAGAAAAGACAGUGACCAUUGCGGACAUAAUCACCUUCGAAUCAGUAAAACAUAGCGGUUGUUCAGUAAAUGAAGAGGACGAGAAUCGAAAUCCAUUCAGCCGAUCAGAUCAUUUGCUCUACAAUUCAAUCGCAAUGUACAUGAUUAACCGAAACUCUUUACCAGUGAUCAAUCGUAUAAUCAUUAGAAGAGCAUAUACUGCAUACGAAAAUAACUUUAUCAGAAAUAGCGAUAUGGUCAAAAUCGUGAACAAAUACUUCGGGAACACAGAAGCUCGUCUAUCAUGUAUCGAUGCAAAAGUGGAAAAUCAGGAAUCAGUCUCUCCGAUAACAUUAUCGUAUCUUUUAAUACCUUUCGCUAUUCUAGCAUUGGGAUAUUUACUCGGAUUUUUCUCUCUAUUCAUUAAAUACCAACCUAGGAAUGAAAAUUCUGCACGAUUAUCAAGGUUUUUUCUGUUUCUACGCCAGAUCGUAUUUUAAUUAAUGAACAAAAUUUGACUAGAGUAGAUUGUGAUUGAACAAUUUGUAAACUAAUAGUUAAGAUUAAAGUUGAUAUUCCAAUGCUAUCUUUUAUUUAGGUAAAAGCCAAGAAUGACAAUAACUUAUCACUAUUUUGGUUGCACAAUACAUUUGUCGCUGAAGACAUCAGAAUAAGCUCAACACAAAACGAUACAUUUCUAAUGACUGUUAAAUUGACAAAUUCUCAAUUAUUCAUUAUUCUGUAUUUGUAUUUUAUCAGUGAAAUUUGUCCAAAUUAUGGUUCAACUAAAAAAUAAUGUUUGUAUCAUCGACAAUAGUAAUAAGUUUGUAACCAAAGCAUAUAAUGAAAUGGCCCAGUGCAUUUCUUGACCCUCUCUUGUGCUAUGAAUAAACUUUAUUACCCAAAGGCUGACAAAAAUAUUGGAAUAAUAAAACUUAAUCAAGGGCGAUGACAGUUCUGAGUUUUGAAAAGAAACUUAUCACAAAUGAAACUCUGGUCAAAAUCGUAGAUAUCGUAUGGGGAAUAAAAUUAUUCGCACAGAAUAUAAAAACAUUAAUCCGUUUAAACUUCGAUUCCUUUAGCCCGUGUUAAUUAUUCAUAAUCAUUUUUCUCCCUUUUAUGCAAAGGAUUGUGAUGAACAUUUUUAUUACAAAUCCGAAGUUAAUCCGAUAAUUAGUUCCCGAGAAAUCACUUGCUGAAAUCGUUCUCAUUUUUAUUCCCAAUACGUUACAUAUCUUGAUAAUCGAGAUCCACCACAAUAUUGUUUCGAUCUAAAAUAGAAUCUGUGACCCAACUUUCGUCAAACCAUCGAUUAGUCCGUUCAUAACUCUCGAGAUGUUUGAUCGGAUUCUUACUAAUCCGACGGACAGAAUCGAGGUUGACUUGGAUAGUUGAUUUUCUUAUUCAAAGACGA